AUGAAGAAGCAAGGAAGGGAUAACUUCUAUAUCCAGUACGACAAACCACAACGCGUGCAGCAGAUUAUGUUGAUGUUUCUGAAAGAACAAUCUGCAGAAAUAGAAAGAAAACCUCUAUAUCGGCCAGGCUACAAACGGAAGAAAAGCAACAACAUCGCGAAGAUUUCCACUGAAAGGCCAAACAUUGUUAAUUGGCGAAUAAAGUAUUUAGUGGCUUUGAAUUAUUAUAAAACAAAAGGACGAAAUAUCAUAUAUUUGGAUGAAACAUGGGCUGACAACUGCGUUAGUUUUGGAAAAUGCUGGCAGAAUGAAGACACAUUACGGGUUUUAGAAAAUCCAAGUGCUUCUCCUCGUUUAAAAGUAGUUCUUCACGCAGAAGGAAAAAGUGGAUUUGUGGAUGAAGCAAUUCUUAUAUUUAAAUCGAGGUCAACGACAGGUGACUGUCACGGUCAAAUGAAUGCAUAUAACAUUAAAAAAUGGAUUAGGGAAAAAUUACUACCCAACAUUCUACCAGCUACAGUAAUUGUCAUGGGUAAUGCCCCAUACCACAGCGUACAAGUGAAUAAACCACCAUCGUUAUACUCGACGGAGAAAAGUAUCAUAGCGUGGUUAAUAGAAAAUAAUAUACCUCAUGUUGAAUAA